UGAACAAUUCCAGUUGGGCGGCUUUGAGCUCAUUUGCUCCACCGGCCAUGGCGAUGUGUCAAGUCAUGGGCUACAGCGGCUACGGAACGCCAGUGAGGCAAUCCACUAUGCCGACCAUGCCGCAGGCUGCCACGGUGAGCAGUUUGCAGAGUGUGCCUGGAGUACCUCCGGUACAACUGGCGCCAUUUCCAAGUGGAUGCUUGGAGGCCACCAGAUCUUUCAGCCCUCGAGCAGCUCCUGCUCCUAUGGGUGCUCGCCAGGUGAUGCAGAUGCCAGUGAGGCAAUGCUCUACCGCAAGCUUAGGCAGCGGCAAGGUCACAGGCCCCAACACGCCAAUCCACACGGGUCGAGGUUUGCGACCGGCAGGGGUCGCGCCGCCUCCAGCACCACCUUUGUUGGCUGCACAGGCCCUGGAGAUUGACCACCUGAAAAAGGAGCUCGAGGAGUCGCGAUCCAAUGAAAGGCGCUUGCAAGAGGAGCUGGAGGCAGCCAAGGCCGAGGUCCAGCGCCUAGCAGAGGCCUUGGAGCAGGAGAAACAACUCCGAAUGGAAAUGGAUGUGCCGCGUGAGGUCCCGAAGGCCACGAAAGGAGGAGAGCCAGUUCGCAUGAAGUCAGAUUCCUUGAAGCGGCGUGUGGCCGAGCAUCUCGAAUCAGAGCCGGACAUCUUGAAAGCUCCGCUGAGCCAGCGAGCAGGUUUGAAGCGAGGAAUGUCUCCCAUCAUCCGACGGCCAAGCAGAGACGAGGUGGAAGAGAAGCUCAGCGAAUAUUUGGCGACAUCACCACAUUGCAAGUUGGAGUUCUGUCGGUUGAACCAGGGCUGGCUGCACGGGCCUGUUUGCUGCAAAGCUCAGGGAAAGAGUCAAAAGACUCAGGAAAUUGCACUCCGUUGCUUAAUCUGGAGACUGGAGACAAUCAAACUGGAGUUUGGGGAGGGCUCUUUGGACUGUACACAGAUCGUACACCACCUCUAAAUCAUCGAGUCUCAAUCACUUUCGCGUCCGUGUUUCAUAUUAUGGGUGACCAUGUGUGCAUUGCAUUUGUCUAACUGGGGUAGACACGCUAAGCAAAGUGCAUGUUCUUUUGGGCCUCACCAUUUUGGGACACCACAUGCACACAAAGCUGCCGCACAGGUACCAGUAUCGGCAUGCUACUGACAGCUCUGUGCC